ACGGAAAAAACGUAGCAGCAGCGGCAGCACCACAAACCCCACGCCGAGAUUUUCGUCUCUCCGCUGCGCUAAAACUGCGCGACGAAAGCGGCCCAACGACUAUGCCCGGUGCGGCGUUAAAGUGCGGGACGACCACUUGACAGGCCUGGGCGAGGUCUUAAGCCGUUGCCGGGAGGGUGAAAUACAUUUCUUCUUAUGGGAGCAGCAUGCGGGAAAUGGUCGGAGGUUGCUGCGUGUGUUCAGACGAGCGAGGCUGGGCUGAGAAUCCGCUGGUUUACUGUGAUGGACACGGCUGCAGCGUCGCCGUCCACCAAGCAUGCUACGGAAUUGUCCAGGUGCCCACCGGCCCGUGGUUCUGUCGGAAGUGUGAGUCACAAGAGCGGGCGGCACGCGUGAGGUGCGAGCUGUGCCCCCACAAAGAUGGCGCCCUCAAGAGGACGGACAGCGGAGGCUGGGCCCACGUCGUGUGCGCUCUCUACAUCCCAGAGGUGCAGUUCGCCAGCGUCCUCACCAUGGAGCCCAUCAUCCUGCAGUACGUCCCGCACGAGAGAUACAUCAAGACAUGUUACAUCUGCGAGGACCACGGGAGGGAGAGCAAGGCCGCCUGCGGAGCCUGCAUGACCUGCAACAGACAGGGCUGCAGACAGGCUUUCCAUGUCACCUGUGCUCAGAUGGCCGGUCUGCUGUGUGAGGAGGAAGGCCCAGAAGCCGAUAACGUCAAAUACUGCGGAUACUGCAAGCAUCAUUACAAUAAAAUGCAGAAGAAGCUGCGCUCCAGUGAAAACACAGGUAGCACCUUCACUCACUCCAGAGGCCGCUCCACCUCUCCAUCACAGGACAAACACCACCACCACAGACAGAGGAAGAGUCACAAGGACAAGAUUCGACCAAAAGAGCGCCACAAGAAGUCAUCAGACAGCCUGGGCCCCUCUGUGACCACCAGCAGUAUAGACAAGAUCUCUUCCAGUCAUCACAGCAGCAAGGACAGCGAGGGAAAGUCCAAGAAGCUGAGCUCACACAGCCACGGUCACCGGAGCAAGAAGACAGGAAGCACCGGCAAGAGCUGCUCCUCAUCCUCCUGCUCCUCCAGUCCGUUCAACACAGGCGGCUCCCUGUCCUCAGCUCAGGACUUCCACCAGUUCUCAUCUUCCUCCCGCCUGGAGCGCGACCACGACCGAGGAGGAGGAGGCGACGACCACAGCGGCGAGGAGCGCAAGGAACGCCACAAGAGGCCGGCGGUGCCUGAGGACGACGACGAAGAGGAGGACGACGAAAAGGAGGCGGACAAAGACGACGAGGAGGACGAAGAGGAGGAGGAAGAAGAGGACGGCAAAUACCACAAGCCGCCAGCGCUGACCCCCGCCGACGGGCCCCUGGCGCCGUCACAAAGCCACGACCGGUCCGACGGCAACUCGAGCCCCUUCGAGAAUAAGGUGACCAUCUCCACGUUCGGGUCCAUUAUGCGCAUCACGUCCACGUCGGGGCUGGGCAGCAGCAGCAAGAUCCGCAAGAUCUCCUCCUCAUCCUCGUCGUCGGGGGACUACAAGCCCUCCAAGUCCAUCUGCAAGGCGUCCCAGCUGAGCACGCCACCCAUCCUGGAGGAGGCGGGGCCGGAGGACAAGGCGCCGUCGUCGUCAACGCCGCCGCCGCCGUUGCCGCCGCUUCCCAGAGAGCGCCGGCACCGCGGCAACAAGAAGAGUCGCCACGGGCCUGGCCGCCCGCGGGGCAGCAAGAACCGAGAGAGGCGAGAGGAAGAGCACCAUCACCAUCAUCAACACGCCCCCACCCCUGCCCCCGCCGCCGCCCCCCCUCCUCCACCGCCGCCGCUGCCCCCCCCAGCCUUCACCCCUUCUCUCUACACCAGCCCAUCUUCCAUCCCCCACCCGGCCUUCCCCUCGGCGCUGCCUCCCGCCUCCACUUCCUCUUCUUCCUCUUCCACAGCCGCCACAGUCCCCUCCACCUCUUCCUCCUCUUCCUCUUCCUUCUCCUCAUCCUCAGCCGGCAGUUUUUCCACAGGCCGAGGCAACUCGCUGCUCGGCUCUGGUAUCUAUUCCAGUCUCAAGGACCCUCUCACGCUGGGCGGAGGCGUCUGCAGCACUCCUCUCUCCCUAGGCGGAGGGGUGUGCAGCACCUCCUUGUCCCUGGGAGGGGGCAUGUGUAGCACCCCUCUCUCCUCAGGACUCCUCUCAUCCCACGUCUCCUCGCUGUCCCUCCCGUCUGUCAACUCCGUCUCAAACACGCAGGUCCAUCCUGGUUCCAGCACCUCCUACAGUCUAACCUCCACGCAACCUUUCGCCAGCUGUCUCUCCACAGCCCCGACACUGCCGCCACUACUGAGCCAAGCCCAAACCUCACUGCCAGAGUCCGACCUCGAUGACUGUCGCUUCCCGUGUCAGGGGAACUCACCGAGAGAGAGUCUCUCCUCACAGUCUCCUAUGAGCUGUCUUCCUCUUCUGUUUGACCAGAGAGACGGGUUGGGCGCGGGAGUCAGAGCGCGUCCCGAAAACGUCCCUCCAGCCAGCUCCCACAUAGAGCUCCUGCUGGAGAAACACGGCAACGGAGAGAUGGGAGUCAACAUCGUGGAGAUGCUCCAGUCGCUUCACUCCCUGCAGCAAGAGAACCAGCGACUCCAAGACCAGAUCCUCAGCCUCACGGCCAAGAGGGAGCGCCUGCAGCUGCUCAACACGGAGCUGGCCGUCUCUUUCCCUCCACACAUUUUGUCCUUCCAGGGCUCCAUGCACACCUCUGCCCAGAUCAACUUCCUGUCAUCCAACCAAGACCCCCUGAGCACCAAUAAGAGUCCCCUGUCCAAAAGCUGCUUCUUUAAUGACACCUCCUUUGUUACCUCCUCUGAGGAGCUCCACUCUGGUAGUCCGUCCCGCAGUAGCUCCUCCCUCUCCUUCCAGAGCACUCCUCCUCCUCAGCAGAGCCCCGCCUCCUUCGGUCAGCCCCUGCUGAACGGUCUGGGUCGAGGUCUGAACGACGGUCUGGGUGCCAUCGGUCAGGCGGCCGGCUCGGCUCUGCCCGUGGUGGGCGGGCUCAUGGCGUCCCUGGCAGGAAGCCCUCAGCUGAAUAUGAACGGCGUGCUGGGCAGCCUGAACGGUGUGAUCCAGUCCCCCUUACAGAGCGCCCCUCAGCCCACGCUCCCGGCGCUGCGUCCCCAGCCUCCACCACUCAACCCCCAGGCGAUGGCACAGGGCUUUCAGCUUCCCAAGUGUGUGAGCCCGUCUUCUCUCCUGUCAGAGCAGCAGAAGCAGCUUCUCCUCGAGCAGCAGCAGCAACAGCAGCAGCUCCAGCAGUUCCUCACGUCGCAGAACUUCACCCCUGAGCAGCAGGUGGUGGUGUGCCAGAUGCUCCAGCAGCAGAGACAGAGGGAGCUGCAGCGCCUCACACUGACCGGAGCCCUCACCUCCACCCCCAACUCACCCAUGAUCGCCCAGUCGCCCAACCUGCUGUCGUCGGCAACGGCCUCCCCCCUGCAGGGCGGCCAGGGAGGAAGCCUGUUCGGCCUGCAGGACAACGCACUUCACAAGCCCGGGAGAACUUGUGAUCUUGUUUUCAGUCUGCAGGAGAGAAGGGCGGAGACAAGAACGGGUGACUUCUGCGGGUGACACGAGAGCAGCUCACAUGAAGACAUUGGGCGUCACGUCCACUUGGAAGAACUGAGGAACUUUUGAACGUCUUUCCUUCUCUCGUCGUCUUUCUCUUUACACCCUCUUUUAUGAAUGUAUAACAGGAUGGACUUAAACGUCAAGGUGAAGUUUUUCGUGUUUUGAAAAAUUCUUUAUAUCAGAGGUUCUUCUCAUAGGUUCUUUUUUUGUGUGUGUGUAGGCAGCUUUCAGAGAGCAUGAAUACAGUGGUCUCUCCUUAAAUUGCACUAAUUUGUUAGCUAGACCAAUGGGGCUGCAUAUGUAGGCAGAGCCAGAGCUCCUGUUCAUCCCCUGCAGGUGCGGCGGAGGCUCUCGGUUUUUGAAGCGUGAACUCAAGCACUGACCCGUUGAUCCCACGAGUUUCACUCAGUCGGCGAGAAUCACAGACUUCUGCCACUUCCUGCAACCUCAACUGUCUUCCUCGAUAUUUUGUCUUCCCUGUUUUGUUUUUUUUGUGUUUCUCGCUCCUACCCAAGUCUCAUCCAGAUCUUCUUAUACGUCGCAGCCUCUCACAGGCACUUAUUAAUGUAAAAGGAUAAAUAUUCUGUCUUUUUUUUCAGUGUGUGGUUAGUGGCGUUUCAACAUUAAGCUAGUUAUUACCUCAAGACUUUUUCCUGCCGCCUAUUUUCCAUUAUUGAGAUACGUGGUUCCCAUUUUUGUGCUGAUUUUUCAUUACCGCAAUAGCCUUCACUGGAUAUAAAUGGCCACCAAAAAAAAAAAAAAAAAUCUUGCUGUUAACUCUAAGGUAUUAACUCAUAUCAAUGUAAAAAAUGGCACAGAAGCCACGUGUCUAAAUUGGCGCCGUCGUCCACUAGAGACCGGCACCAGGUUUUAUUUAACACCACAAACACGAGUUUCUUACACUUUUAUAUCCUUCCAGUUGCUAUCGAGAUUAAGCAGACGAAACCAAACAUUUGGAAAUUGUAAGUAAGAAAUUCAUUUUUUGUUUUUUUUCCUAAACAAGUGUGCACUUUGCAUGUUAGUAGCUAACAGAGCAAAUCAGCCAUCAAACUCAGUACCUUUAUAAAGGAUGCUUGGUACUUACUAGGCCACUAGGAACUGACAGGUUUUUGAUUUCUAUGAGUAUUUUGCACUCUGUCCUGAAGUCAGUUUUCUUUUUUGUUACUUUCAUACAUAGAUAUUCUUUUCAUGUCCGCUAACUAGUUGUUAUUUUUAGCAAUACUGGAUAGAUAAUGCCUUAAUGAUGCUAGAUAUACAGAGGAAAAAAAAACCCCGAGCCCAAAGGCUUACACUCUUGUCGUCUUUCUUUGAUAGUGUUUUUUAUCUGGGGGGGAAGGUGGGGGUACAUGGAGGGGUACAUUAGUACAAUGACAGCACUCUUCCUAAAACCCAUUUAUACUUUUGAUAGCUAAACUAAUGAUUUCAACAGUCGAAAUGUGUGAAUAAUCGUAUAGUGGUAACUGAAGUGUCAAAUCAUUUUUCUAUUGUAAUUUUUUUUGUGUUUCAGAUGCAAUGUUCUUGAGUUGUUUGUGCUUCAGAGAACUGAGAAACGAGGACUUAUUGAAUAAUCGUACAGUGAAGCCUGCACAGUGGUGUCAUAGGAGAUAGCCGAGGACAGCCCAGAUGUAAAGUUAUUAUUGAAGCGCUGUCACAACAGUGUGUGAUAAAUAGUGUAGCUGUUAUCAGCUGUGAGGAAUCGGUGGCUUGCCAACAUUUGUUACUGUUGGCUUUUACACAUCAUGACGUAAAUCAACGUAGAGACUAUAAUAAGCUUCUGUUUUCCCUCCACUCCACGUUAUCAUGUGAUUUCUCCGUUUGGCUCCGUUUUACUAACGGAGCCACUCGCAAUUCAUCUUUUUUUACCUUCAAAGUGAGGUUAUUUUAUGUUUUUCUCCUGUGUUCUUUAGCAAUACUGUCGGGUCUUUUUUGAACUCUUUUCUUCUGUUUGCAAUCUUGAACAUGAUCUCCCAUACAUGUGAUAUCUCGAGUGCUAGAUUGUUGCGUUUAGUAGCUUAAUGUAGACGUCAGAAAGGAACUUCAAGCAGCUGACUAGUUGUUGAUAAAAUACUGUAGCAAUGACAGAAGGAGAAUGUCGAUUAUGUUGAUUUAGACAUGAGCCAACAUGUUGACAUGACUCCAUGGGGGGAGGUCUGGAAUUUACCAAGUACGUCCUUAUGAGUCCAGACAAGACCAUGUCCAAGAGAUUGACUGAGGAGAGGUGUGAAGGAUUUCUGAAGCGGUUUCUUUCUCAUGUUGCACUGGGGCUCUUCGGGCCCAAUUGUAAAUCGUUUUUUAGUACUUUUUUCAUUUUUGUUGGAAUACGAGUUGUAUACUUUAAAAUGUUUGUGUAAAGACACAUUCAUUCUUUUAAGCUUUGAAGUUUGGGUAACCAAGAUAAUCCAUGUUAUGAAUGUUGUACUGUGUAUCUUUUUAUGUAUUGCAACAUUUAAGCACCUAGCUCUGAAUGAGGUUCGAUGGAGAGUGAGUUACGUAUCGGGAUAUGAAUUGCAUGAAAUGCAGUGAAGUCUCUCAAAUGUAUUGCUAAAUACCAAGUAAUAAACUAUGCAUAAUUUUAAAUGCAUUGUUCCCUGGAAAGAAAGAAAAAAAAGAAAUUAAAUGACAUGAGCACUGAAUUUUAAAAAGGACAAGCACGUUGUCAUUGUACAGUGUAUUUGUUUGAGAGAAUUGAUCAAAACAAAUUUGACAAUAUUAAGAUUAAAAAUCCCUGUAAAGUAUUUUGAUAUUUUUGUGUGUAAAAUUAAAAGGACGGAUUAAGACGA